AUGAGUAGAAGAUAAAAUGCAAAUGAUGAUAAUUUGAACUGGAUACUUAAAUAUCCAAACGAAUUUUCAUAAGAGGAUAUUGAAUCUUAACAUAUGCAUGUACUUAAGUAAGAACAAUUUGGGUAAUUAAAAGAAUAAGAUGAGAUUUUGAAUGCAUAACUUUAUACUUUUUGGAAUGGAAAUAUGGAGUGUAGUAAAUUUAUUUUAAUGCCAAAUUUACUUAUUAAGGUAACCAUUUAAAAUGGCUUUUUAUAAAUACCAUAAACAUAAUUUAAUUAAGGAGGAGCAACAUAUUAUUUAUCCUUAUCUGAGUGUACAAUUACUUAGAAAAUGAUUCAACAUAGAUCAUCAUAAGCCUUUGGCAUGCUUUUAACAAAUUCAAUUGGAACUACCUAUGUUUUCUUUUCUAAUUUUGUAACAUUUAGAACAUGGUAUAAAUAAAUGAAACAAUUUUGUAAACUCACAGGUUUUCUUGAUAAAUAUAAAUUGGGAGAUAAACUGCUUCCUGGAUUCUAUACUUGUACAAAGAAAAAAAAGAAAACCUAAUAUACAGUUUAGAUAUAUAAAAGCGAUGAUUUUGAACAAUGUUAAGAAUUGGAAGAUGCUGUCUAUAAUGAAAUAUAAAUAUUGAGAAGUAUCAAACAUUAAUCUUUGUUGGAAUUAAAGAGAGUUUAUGAAAAUAAUAAGUAUCUUUUCAUUGUAUAUGAAUAUUAUAAAGGGGAAACACUAUUCAAUUUGUUAAAUUCCAAUCUUUAAUUACAUGAAGUUCAAAUAGCCUCUGUAUUUAUUUCAAUUAUUUUAGAUAAUUUAUUAAAUCUUAUAAGUUAUCAAAUUUCUUGAUUAACAUCAAUUUUAUCAUGGUAGUAUCAAUCCAUAAAAUGUACUUAUCAACACUCAGCAUCAGAUGUUAUAAAUUACAUUAAUAAAUUUAUCAUUUAAAGAAUAUAAGGUAAAUGAUAAAUUGGAUUGGAUUUUAAAUCGAGCAGUUGAAUCUUUCUUAGCUCCAGAAAUAUUUGAUGGUAUUGCACCAAAUAUAUCAACUGAUAUUUAUGCAUUAGGAUGUGUACUAUAUUUUAUGACAUAUUAUGAUUCAAAAAAAUAUGAAGUAAAUUUUAUUGUUUAUAAACUAGAUUAAAAAUGAAGAUAAGGAUUUUUAUAAUGUAAUGGAUAAUUUUGAAAUUCAAAAAAAUAGAAUUGAUGAAAGUGAAUAAUAAUUAAAAAUUGGCUUCUAAUAAAAUCAAUAAAAAAGUAAAGUUAGUUCCUCAUAAUUGGAUCUUUUACGUAAAAUGUUAGAUGUUGAUGCAAGUAAGUAUUUAAUAAUAUGAGAUAAAAGAUUGACAAUAAAAGAAGCUACUAAACAUCAUUGGUUUGUAAAUGUUAAAAGCAAAAUUAAAUCUUUAAAAGUUGAAAGAAAAAGAAAAAAACCACUUCCUAGUUUAAGAACUAUUAUUGAAUUAAGAGAAAUGAGUGAAAUGGAUGUGAGAAUGACAAUUAUUUAAUAGUAAUAAAGUGGAUUAAAUGCUUUACAUAAUAUGAAUUCUAAAUUAUAAUCAACUCCUUCAAAUACAAAACGUACUUUAAUUUAUACAUAAUAACCCUCUAAAUUAAGUUAGUUUGUAGCAAAGAAUGAAUUUGAUGAUGAUUAUGAAAGUAAGAAUUUUAUUUUUUAUAUUUUAGUACCUGAUGAAGAUCUUUUUUUGGAAGUACCAGUAAUUAAUCGUAAAAGAGAACCAAAAAAAAGACCAUCCAAUAUCAAAUUGCUCUGA